CGUCGCAUUACGGCACUCUGCACUAACCGGUACCUCAAAAUUGUUUAGUGUGUGGAGACAAAAUCAAACAAUGGAGACAUUAGUCGGGCUGCCGUUUGCUGUGUUAGAAUGUCCAAAUAUUAAACUUAAGAAGCCGUCAUGGCUGCAUAUGCCGUCUGCUAUGACCGUGUAUGCAGUGGUGAUUGUAUCCUACUUUCUCAUCACUGGAGGUAUAAUCUACGAUGUCAUUGUUGAGCCACCCAGUGUGGGUUCAAUGACGGAUGAACAUGGUCACCAGCGGCCGGUUGCGUUCUUGGCAUAUAGAGUGAAUGGGCAGUACAUCAUGGAGGGUCUGGCAUCCAGUUUCCUCUUCACCAUGGGUGGUCUCGGCUUCAUCAUUCUAGACCGUUCGAAUGCACCCAACAUUCCUAAACUAAACCGCUUCUUGCUUCUCUUUAUUGGCUUUGUGAGUGUCCUUCUGAGCUUCUUCAUGGCCAGAGUGUUCAUGAGGAUGAAGCUGCCGGGGUACCUCAUGGGUUAAAACUGCACAGACAGUUCCCUGUGUGGACCACGCCACCAGCAGAGACUAAGGAUGACUGCAGAUGGACUGGAAAAUCCUUUCAGUACCAAGAAUCAGUGUGAUUAUUUUGCUACCCAAAAUUCUGUGUGUGUGUCCUUGCGUGCAUGUUUAAAAUGUAUGAAGUCCUUAAGGGCUCCAUGUUACUGAAUGGAGUUUUGAUUUGGUAGACUUUAAAAUUGCUCUCAUUGUCUGUUGGGUAAUAAUUAUGGGGAAGGGAAGAUCUGUGUUGUAUGGGAGUGAAUGAUGGACGUUUCUAAUGCACUUGUAGAAAGCUUGAAAUAGGCCUUAAAAUCUGUCAUGUACAAGGUGUUUUUUGUUUUCUACAGAAAAACAAAAUAAAAACUCUUUAUACAAAA